GGUCCCCCAUCGUGGCGUCGCGGAAGGCGCUAUGGCCAGCGUCCACGAGAGCCUCUACUUCAACCCCAUGAUGACCAACGGCGUGGUUCAUGCCAAUGUCUUCGGCAUCAAGGACUGGGUCACCCCCUACAAGAUGGCCCUGCUGGUGCUGAUCCGGGAGCUGGGCCGGACCGGGCCGCAACUCAGCCUGCUGGAAAGACGGCGUCUCAACCGGCUGCUACUGCCCCUCUUGCAGGGUCCUGAUAUGACAUUGUCUCGUUUGAUUCAAGCUAUUGAUGAAUGCUGCCGUGAAAUAGCAAAUUCUGUUCAAACAAGGAUCAAGCUGAUGGCGGAAGGUGAAUUGAAAGAUAUGGAACAAUUCUUUGACGAUCUUUCAGACUCAUUCAGUGGAACCGAACCAGAAGUUCACAAAACAAGUGUUGUAGGCUUGUUCCUGCGCCACAUGAUCCUGGCUUAUAAUAAACUCUCAUUCAGCCAAGUCUACAAGCUUUACACGGCUCUCCAGCAGUUCUUCCAAAAUGAAGAGAAGAAAGGCAGAGGUGAUGAGAGUGAAAUGGAGCUGACCCGUUGUGGAGAACCGGAUGAGGAAAUGGAGAAAGAAGAACUUGAUGGACCGCUCAGGGAGGAAGAGAUAUCCUGCAAUGGCCCACUUUCACAGAAGCAAGCGGAAUACUUCCUCUCCCAACAGGCAUCUUUGUUGAAAAACGAUGAGACUAAAGCACUUUCUCCGGCAUCUUUACAAAAGGAGCUGAACAACUUGUUAAAAUUUAACCCGGAUUUUGCGGAAGCGCAUUACUUGAGCUACUUAAACAGCCUUCGAGUCCAAGACGUCUUCAGCUCAACGCAUAGCCUCCUUCACUACUUUGACCGCUUGAUUCUUACCGGGGCAGAAAGCAAAAGUAACGGAGACGAAGGCUAUGGGCGAAGCCUCCGAUACGCUGCUCUUAAUUUGGCUGCGCUGCACUGCCGCUUUGGUCACUACCACCAGGCUGAGCUGGCCCUGCAGGAAGCCAUCCGGAUUGCCCAGGAGUCUAACGAUCACGUCUGCCUGCAGCAUUGCUUGAGCUGGCUGCACAUCUUGGAACAGAAAAGAUCGGAUAGCUGCAUACUUCUAGAGCACUCUGUGAAGAAAGCUGUAUAUUUUGGAUUACCAUAUUUAGCCUCUCUGGGGAUCCAGUCUUUGGUCCAGCAAAGAGCUUUGGCAGGAAAGACGGCCAACAAACUAAUGGAUGCUCUGAAAGACUCCGACCUCUUACACUGGAAACACAGCUUGUCUGAACUGAUUGAUAUUAGCAUCGCCCAGAAGACGGCCAUUUGGAGGCUGUAUGGACGCAGCACAAUGGCGCUCCAGCAGGCCCAGAUGCUCUUGAGCAUGAACAGCCUGGAGGCCGUGAACGUGGGCGUUCAGCAAAACAACACCGAGUCCUUUGCCGUGGUGCUGUGUCACUUGGCAGAGCUGCACGCGGAGCAGGGUUACUUCACCGCGGCCUCCGAGGUUCUGAAGCAUCUUAAGGAGAGAUUUCCCACCAACAGUCAGCAUGCCCAGCUGUGGAUGCUGUUCGAUCAGAAAAUCCAAUUCGAUCGAGCCCUGAACGAUGGCCGGUACCACGUUGCCGACUCACUGGUGGCUGGGAUCACUGCGCUGAACAGCUGUGAGGGGGUUUACAGGAAAGUGACUUUGCUUAAGGCCCAGAAUCAGGUGUCCAAGGCCCACAAGCUCCUGGAGAAGCUCUUGAGCCACUGCUAUAAAAUCAAAAACAUCGAGAUGGUCAUCAGCGUCCUGCUCUCCAUGGCCGAGCUGUAUUGGCAGUCUCUGUGCCACACGAUCGCUUUGCCCAUCCUGCUGCAGGCCCUGGCGCUGGCGAGGGAGUACCGCCUGCAGUACCUGGCUUCGGAAACCAUCCUCAAUUUGGCUUUUGCCCAGCUCAUCCUGGGGAUUCCCGAGCAAGCCCUCAGCAUCCUGCACAUGGCCAUAGAGCCCAUCCUGGCCCAUGGGGCUGUGCUGGACAAAGGAGCCGCCAUGUUCUUGGUGGCCAAGUGCCAGGUUGCUUCGGCGGCCUCUUACGAGCCCGCCAAGAAGGCAGAAGGUAAGCUCUCCCCACCGUCGGCGUCCCCAGGGCAACGAUGUGUGGAUUGCAAAGAACAGCUGCGGGACGUCCUGUAUCUCCAAGCCAGGCUCUUCCACAGCCUGGGUAAGACCCAAGAGAGGAACCAGUGCGCCAUGCUCUUCCGGCAGCUUCACCUGGAAUUCCCCGCCCGGGGGGUCCCCCUGAUCAGCACGUUUAAAUGAGGCCUCUGAGCAGAGGAGUCCAGUCCCCCGGGGGGGGGGGGGCAGCUGGGCCACAAAACUGGAACGAGACCCGUAGAUCGUCCCUCUGCGGUUCUUCCUCCCCUCCUUAUGUGUCCCUCACUCCGUGCCGUGUUCAGUCUUUGGAAAUGCCAAUAAAUUGGUCUGUGGGCAAUAGCCAGAGGCACCGUGCCUGUGUUCCGAUGCCCAUCUUGCUUGGCUUGUCCUUGCCGGUCGAGGCCCACUGACCCAUCCUGGUCAAAAGGGGAUGCCACGGACUUUCUUGCCACGGACUCGCAGUCAACGUCUUUGCCAUAUGUGAACCACUGCAGGUAAUCCUCGACUUGUGACCA